GUGGCAGAGGAAGAGAGAUGCUCUGCAUCACGCCUGGAGGAGGAAGUCGUUCGAUUCAACAGCAAAACGUGUGAAAACCUGCAGCAGCAGAUCAUCACAGCUUCAUCAUGAACAUCCAGCUCAGUUUGUUCUGCUGCUUCUUCCUCUCUCUGCAGGACAGAAUCAGCAGUUCUACUAAUGCACCGAAUAAUAUAUAUGGAGCAGCUGGAGAAGAGGUCAGAGUUCAAUGUGCUGUUUCUCUGUUUGAAAACUGGAAGAUCUUCUGCAAGGAAAACUGUGAAGGAGGAAACAUCCUGAUUAAAACAAGACAACCCACCGAUCAGAGAGGAAGAUACAGAACUGAAUAUGUUAUAGAAUCCAGAGCUAAUGUUUUUUCUCUCUAUGUGAGCAUCUCAGAGCUGACCUGGUCUGAUGAAGGACGGUACCAAUGUGGUUUGGGCGACUCUUCAUCAUCAGCUUCAUACCAAGAGUUCAGGCUGGUUGUUGUAGACGCUCUGCUUCAUGGAAACAAAGUUCCUCACCUUUAUAAAGAAGCUGGCAGCUCAGUGACAGUCGCCUGUUUCUUUAAACGCUCUGGAGGAAACCGACUGUUCUGCAGAGGAGAAUGUGGAGAAGAAGAAGUUCUAGUUCAGACUGAUGGAGUCAGAGCUGAGAAAGGCAGAUACAAUAUGAAAUAUGAAGAACAAAAAUCAGGAGCAGUUCUGUUGGUGACCAUCAAACAGCUGGUCCAAUCUGAUUCUGGACAGUACCGAUGUAAACUGGAUGGAACUGGUUCCAGUAGUUCAUACAGAGACUUUCAGGUCACUGUCAGAACUGUCGACCCAUCAGCCUCCACAGCAUCAACUGGAACCAGUUUCAGCUCCAGUUCAGGAAGCUUCACACUUUCACUUCCCUCUCAAACCUCUGGUCUGAAUCAGGAGAACUCAACAUCUAAAGAUUCACCAAACCACAGGUCUGCAGAUGUUCUGCGGUUUGUGGCUCUGACUCUGGUUAUCAUCAUCAUCCUGUCGUCUGUGGUUCUGCUGGUUUGCUGCAGAGAAAGAUCUGAAAAACAUCGCACAGUUUUUCCUGUACAAACAGAGAAUCCUCCUGCUACUGAGAACUCCAAAAUGAAUGAAGACAUCACAGAGGAAGCUGAUGAGUGGAGAUCUGCUGAUGUGGAAAUCUACUCAGCUUACAGUGAAACCACAAACACCAAACCAACAGAAGCCGAAACCAACCGAGGCUGCAGCUCUGGAACUGCAACCACUUCUCAGCAACCGGCCGGAGACGUCUCGGUUCAGGUUGUCUAUGCAGAAGUAAAGUUCUCCAGCAGGAAGGAGGCGUCUCGUCCCAGAGCUUCCUGUGGAACCAUGACUGAUGUUCUCUACGCUGAUCCUCGGGUUGAUGGAAGCAGCCAUGAUGAGUCGCUUUACUCCACCAUAACUUAGCUUCAGCUCUGCGGCAGCCAUGUUUAUCCUCACAGAUCAGCAGGAAGCGUGAAGUGGAGCUGAAACCCUAAAACACAGAAACAGAAGCUGCAGCUCCUACAAGCAUCACCAGCAGCAUGAUUCAGACGGAGCUGCUUCACCUGUGGUUGACCCUACAGACUGCUUCACAUCAUGGUGUCUGGGUGGAAAUGGAUCCGAUGCUAAAUGCUAAAAUGCUAAAAUUAUUUUUCUUCUGUAAAAGAGCUCAGUGCUGGAAUAAUGAAAAAAUAUGAAAAAUAUAAGCUAACGUGAAAAAAAGGAUUAUUUAUAUAAAAUCUUUCAUGGGUCAAAAACCACAAAUCACUUUAUAGUUCAAACAUGCAUAAAUAUAACAGCAUGCAGUCUAAAACUAUUUAAAUGCCUGUUUCAAUAAAGAAUUGACAGUUAGCAGGUCAGAUGUGUAGAGGACGUUUAUUAGUUUAGGGAUUUUCUGAAAAUGUAAGAUCAAAAAUCCAACAUAUAGGUAGAAAUUAAAACCAACCCCAGAAUAUAUCCCUGAGGAACUCCAAAAGUAAAUGAAGCUGAAGAAGACACAGAUUCUCCAAGGUUCACAGAGAAACUCCUGUCUGACAGAUUAAUUUAAAUUCAUUUUAAAAUGUCCAUGUAGACGAUAGAAACAGAUUCAAACUGGAACAACCAGCUGUCUGUUCCAUGUGUUGGGAAAAAAGUCAAAACUGUUUCAUUUUCUUUCUAAACACUUAGUUUAAAUUUCUCAAUGUAAAAUCAAGUUGAUAAAAAAAAUAUUUUUAUGCAUAAGUAUAAAUAACUACAGUUAUUGAUAUGUUGCUAAUGUAAUGUUAUAAAAGAUGUUUGUACUGUUGCAGUUGGUGACACCAUGUUUUCUAUCUCUGACUUUAUUUUAAACUGAUGGGAAAAUCUG